UUUCCCCAAGUUGGUAGUCCUCAAAAUCAGCUGUUUCAUUUUUGGAAUGUAAAAAAAUUGUCAGUGUUUUUACCAACAAAUCACCGAUCCAUGGACGAUCAAAUAGUUAUGUGAGUGGCUAUGUAGCAAUCACAACGAGCGCUUCUGUGAUUCAAGUGUGAUUAUUGGCUAGCCUCGAUAUUUUGAGGGGCAACGUGAUACUUCUGCAGCCAAACGAGGUUUCUGUUGCGGGAUACCGCAACUUGAUUCGCAACCACAGAAAAAACGGGUAGAUUACGGAUCAUGUUAAGCCAACUACUCCCGGUCUACGUUGGGGGCACGAUUGUACGGGGAUUCGGACGAGGCUCCAAAGAGCUGGGCAUUCCAACAGCUAAUUUUCCGCUUGAGGUGGUGAAAGCCCUGCCCGAUUCCCUCCCAACGGGCGCCUACUACGGCUGGGCCAACGUAAACAACGGAGAAGUUCACAAAAUGGUGCUUAGCAUAGGCUGGAAUCCGUUCUACAAUAACAAGGAGAAGAGCGUGGAGACACACAUGCUGCAUGACUUUAACUGCGACCUUUACGGCGAAACUCUCAAGAUAUGCAUUGUAGGCUACCUGCGACCGGAGCGGAGCUUCGAAUCGCUUCAAGAACUGAUAGACGCCAUCCAGGCGGAUAUCGCGAAGGCCAAAGUGCUGCUGGAUGAGCCGGAGAAAGCCAAACUGAAAGAGUCUUGUUAUUUUACCGAGAAUCCCUGCCGUGAGAAAUAACUUACAAUAUAUACCGCGAUAUAUAAGUAUAUAUAUAUAAAGCGCGUAUAUUUUUAUAUACAUACGUAUAUACACGUAGCACGUAGCACCCAGCGAAAUUGAUAUGCCAAUACAUGUACUUAACCUGACGUCACAUUAAAAUCUUAUAUUUUCACCACGA